ACUAGAGCAGCAAGCAGCCUUCGCCCUGGGAAUUGAAGGCGAAGGCAAGGGGCGUCCUGUCUUUUCAUCAGAUAAUUCCAUCCGUCCCUCGUUGCGUCCUUAGUCGCUGUCGAGGGAGGAGCUGCCACACACCGUAUCACUAUUCGUACCUUCCUCAGGGAAAGGUAGUGGUGCAUGUGCAAAUCGUACCUUCUCAAAGUUCCCCAUCACUCCUUCCCUUCAUCCGCUUGUCUUUUUCUUGAUUCCUCCCUCCCUCUCUCCUCUCCCCUUCACUUCUGAACUUCAGACCUUCUGUUCAACACACGCACCGAAUUCACCAUUCGGGCUACGACCAGUCGACCGCGCGAGUAGCUUGUCUAUUCGACCAGAGUCAGCUGUUGUCGUCGUCGUCACCAGCCGCAGGACCGGACAUGCCUUAAUUCCCCUGCAACGCUACCGACGCAUCCACGCCAUUGACACUUGCGUAAUCUCUGUGGACCGGACGGAUCUGCGACUCGCGAGUAAACGCCCGCUCUCGAAGCCGCUCCAGGCUUGAGUAGCCUCUGCGACUUGAAAUCUCUCUGAAAUCGCUUUUCAUUACAUCCGCUCUCUGUCUCCAUCUUCAACGUCCACCCAGGCCCUUUCCGCCAUUUUGUGGCCUUCUCGUCCUAACCAUGGCCUCGCUACCACGGCCUGCUGUCGGCGGCGAGAAGACCAUGACAGACGUCUGGCAGCACACCAAGGCCCUGCUCCUCUCGGUUUGGGCCUUGACGAGCCGCCGCAUGAGAGUCUUUGGCGCUUUCGUCCUCUUCCUUGGUUUCUCGAUAUGGCUAUCGCUGCCUACCCUCAAGACGAUGACCGUACCGCAAAUCUCCCUGGAAUACGCACAUUCACCCUACAACCAUUCCAAAGUAGCUCUUCUCGUCGAGAACCGCGCCAAUCCGAUUCUUGCGCCAUUGAUGCUGCACUUCAUUUCCGUAGUGCCUCCCGACUGGCGCUUUCGCUUCAUGGGCUCUGUUGAGUCCGUCAAGUCCAUCAACUCGUCCGUUGCGAUUCGUGAGCAAGUCGCCGCCGGCAAGCUCGACCUGACAUACAUUCCCUCCAACAUGAGCACGGCUGGUCAGGAGAUGAUUAGUCGGUUCUUGACCAACCUGUGGCUGUACGAGACCGUCCUGCAGCCUGCCGAGUGGCUCCUCGUGUUCCAGACCGACAGCAUCCUCUGCGCCAACAGUAAGCAGAACAUCAACGACUACCUCGAAUAUGAUUGGAUUGGAGCCCCGUGGAACCCUGGCGGCAGGUGGGGUGGCAAUGGUGGCCUCUCCAUCCGUCGUGUCAGCGCCAUGAUUGAUAUCCUCCGAAACCAGAAGCGUGUUGACGGAUCUGAACCUGAGGACGUCUGGCUCGCUGAGCGCCUUGCCCACCGACCUGGAAGCAAGGUCGCUAACGGCACUGUAUCAUUGACGUUCAGCGGCGAGAUGCACUCCGGCGAAGGCACAAAGAUCAACAAAGGAGGAGCGAACGCGACACUCGAGGCUGCGGCAGAGGGUGAACUCGUCUCAGGCAUUGACGAUUACCGUGAGGGCUUUUACGAGCCCAUGGGCUAUCACACCGGUGGUAGUGGUAUCUGGCUUCACAGCGCCAUCUGGGGUACUCCAGCGCUACGUAAACACAUUUGGGACUACUGUCCUGAGGUCAAGCUUACGCUGGCUAUGGACGCAGCCAAAUACGUUCCCGGUAAUUGUAAGGCCAAGUGGAAGAGAGGCCUUGAUGGUCUUGAGGAGCUUGAGACGGAAAGCGAUAGCGGAGAGAAUGAAGAAGGCGCGACGGAUCCGCAAUACCCAUUUGGCUCAGAGACCAUUGAUGGAAAGGAGUACCCGAACUUGCCGCCUAGCCUGAUGGCAUGGUGAUAGCUGUCCAGCUGUCAAGAAGCCCUCUUAUCGCAGCAUCAAUGCAUCGCGAUGGAUCUGGGACGACAUAACGGCACCGCCGUAAAGUUUGUUACAUUACAGGAACUUGGUAGCAUAGGAUUUGGCUUGGCGUUUGGAGGUCAUCUUGGUCCUGCAAGGAAAUGGAACCAGAUAGCUCAAGAAAUGAGUCAUGUAAGGCAUAGGUCAUUAACUUUGAACGAACCGUUGAGACAACUGCAACCGUGCGGUGGACAAGUGAAUUCCGAAGUGUGCCGCUUGCCGGAGC